AUGAAUUUAUUAAAGAUACUUGAUAGCACUCCAGAGCCACCCAUUAUUGAGCUAGAUUUGAGCGAGUUAAAUUAUAGCGGAGACUACUACCUAGGCACACCAAUGUAUGAGUACCAAAAGGAAUUAACCGACCAGAUCAUUUCGCUCCACUAUCCAGAUAUACUCAAGUUUUGCGAGACCAACGACGACAAGGAUAUUGUUGUUGAAUCUGUAAAGACGUGCAUAGAAAACUGCAUGCUUGUAAACUCGCAUCCAUAUUUAUUAAUUAGCCAUUAUAUGCCGAAAAACCUUGCUAUCAAAGAUAUGCCUGCGAAGAUUGCGGAGACAAGUGGGAAAUUCAACGUGUUGAAAGAUUUGUUAAAUACUGUUAUUGCAAGUCAAAGCACAACGACAAAAAAUGUGGGACUUGUACUGUCCAAUAAUGUGAAGUUGUUUGACUUGUUAGAGUCCUUGCUUAUGCUUUGUACAGGAAACAAAAGCGUUAAACGAUAUGUGGGCAACAACAUCCAACGUGAAUCGAAAAAGGCAAGCAAAAAUGGGAAUAAUGGGAACGGGAAUACAACGUCAAGUGGGGCCAAGAAGAACAAAGGCCCAUUGACCCAAAUACAUUUAAUUCCUGCAGAUGGCGAGCUUCAAAAGGAUAGUGAAUUAUUGGAGAGUACCAAAUUUGAUGUAUUGAUUGUGGUUGAUGGCCAUGUCGAUACAGCCACUGAGUUUUACGAAAAAUUGAAAAUACAAAACCAGACUGAUCAGGAUAAACCCACUGUGACUAUUAGACUUGUACCGCUCAAAACUGUUGAGCAGAUAACUUUGUUCUACCAGGAUGAAAAGAAAAACAACAAACCAGAUUAUUUAUACAAGAUAAUUUCAUCUGUUGUUUGUCUAAGAGAUCACAUUGGUAACAUUCCUCCAGAUGUGUUUCCCAUUUAUAAUCAAAAGCUUAAAUACCUAGCACCCAACUUCUUUGAUCAUUUGUUCAAUGAAAACAUUGCUGACUACCCUGCAUGGCCCCUACCACCCUUACCCAAAAUUCAAAAAUACACUCCUAUUGAUGUUGAGCGAUCUUUACUAACCGAAGCACACUUUCAUUACACACCGUAUGGAAUGAAUGUUCAAUUCGACGAGCCAACUAUCCCUACUUACUAUGAACUCAAGAGAUUACAGCUGGACUAUGUAAGCAACCCAUUGAAGAACGAUUACAAUGAGUUGAUUGGGAUUCAGUUAUCGGGACACACAGAACUGUUUAACAACAACAUCUUGACACACAAGGUUUUGUUACAGUUAAAUAGUGCAUACCAAUUGCUUGCACGUGCACAGCGGGAGUUGGAGUCAUAUGAGCGGUUCGACUCACCUGAGAUGCAAAAUAGAAUUGGUCGAAGAGAGAGGGAGAUGAAGAUUGCAGUAUCUAAUGUUUUUGAUGAUAUAGGCCAUGCUCAAAUGAGAAUUGAGAGUGGAAAUAAAUGGGUUGCAAAAAAGCAAGAGCAAAUUGAGCAGCAAAGACUCGAAAUCAAGGAAAAAGAAACCGCAUUGAAGAAAUACAUCGAAGAAGUUGAAGGCGAUGAAAAAAAGGAAUUUGUAAAGAAUCAGCUACAGAUAUGGGAAUUGCAGUCACAAAUCAAGAGUAUGAUUGUUAAAAUGCAAUCGAAGAACGAUGAGAAAAAUUAUACUUUGAGGGAAGUUGAGAAUAGUCUCAAGUCUAUUGAAGACUCAAAAGAAGAACAAGAACAAUUGAAAUUAGAAAUUGAAGAACUAAAUCGCAAGGAAGAAGAGAUGCUUCAAGAUGAAGAGAAGAAACAUACCGACUUCAAAAAAAGGAAACAGGAGCUUGUUGAUUCAAUUAAUGAUUUUGAAAGAUCAAACGAUGCGAUGGAAAAGAAACUUCAAUCGGCAUUCAAGUUUCUUAGGGACACUUCUCAUUUGAAAAAACGAAAAGUACGAACAGCAACACCAAAUAAAUAA